GUCCCUUUUAUUUUUGGUUAAUCUAGUGGAUCAAGAAAUGGUUUAUGCAAUCUGUGAUGCAUGUUUAUCUUUUCAUGAGAAAAAUUAAUGCAAAAUAUUGUUUUCCAGAGACCAUUAUGUUGAGGGAAGGAUGAGGGGUGUCGCACCGAGCAAGAAAAUCGCUGCUGUGCAGCAAAAAAAUGUAGAUGUAAAAACAAAGAAGAACAAGCAAAAGACGCCAGGGGCUGGAGAAGGCACUAGCACUGGGGACAUGCCUCACCCCCCACGCAAGAAGAGGGCACGUGUUGACCCAACUGUGGAGAGUGAGGAGACUUUCAUUAACCGAGUAGAAGUGAAGGUAAAAAUUCCCGAAGAGUUAAAACCGUGGCUGGUUGAUGACUGGGACUUGAUCACUAGACAGAAGCAGCUUUUUCACUUGCCUGCAAAAAAGAAUGUAGAUGAUGUCCUUGAGGACUAUGCAACUUACAAGAAAUCAAGAGGAAACUCUGAUAACAAGGAAUUUGCCGUGAAUGAGGUGGUUGCUGGAAUCCGCGAGUACUUCAAUGUCAUGUUAGGCACGCAGCUCCUCUACAAGUUUGAGAGGCCGCAGUAUGCAGAGAUCCUAGCAAACCAUCCAGACACAUCCAUGUCGAAGAUCUACGGAGCGCCACACCUGCUGAGGCUUUUUGCCUCUUUUGUGUCCGCUGACAGUGAGAAUUGGAGCAAUGCUGGCCUACACACCUCUGGAUGAGAAGAGUCUGGCCCUGCUUCUCAGCUACCUACAAGAUUUUUUAAAGUAUUUGGUGAAGAAUUCAUCGUCUUUGUUCAGUGCAAGUGACUAUGAGGUUGCACCUCCGGAAUAUCAUCGCAAAGCUGUCUGAGGGCAAAGCCAGUGAGGAUGUUUGGUGCUACGUUCUGAUCCUCAUUUUAUUUUUGUUUUUUUAAAUCCAGUCAUCAGUCUUGUGGAAGAUCUUAGUGCCCACAACAUCAGUCAGUAGUGAUUCAGUACUUUAAGGAUGAUGUCUGGUAUUUCAGAUAAGGAUUAAAUCUCUUCAGAAAGCUGCUGGUAAUUGCUCCCAUUUUAUUGAUCCAUUUGUUUUAGUUAAUGUAUUAUUGAUAAACAGAACCUGGUCAUGUAUAUUCAUAUAUUAUUUUUGUACACUUUUUCUUUUCUUUUUCUUUUUUUGUCAAAUGAUUAAUCGCAUCCAAAAUAAGAUUUUGUUUACAUAAUAUAUGUAUGUUUACUGUGUUUAUUACAC